GCGGGGUACCGACUCUCACGGUCAGCCCCGCCUCUCUGCCUAAUGAGCUGCACCAGAAUGAUCCAGGUCUUAGAUCCACGCCCUUUGACAAGUUCAGUCAUGCCAGUGGAUGUGGCCAUGAGACUUUGCUUGGCUCAUUCACCCCCUCUGAAGAGUUUCCUGGGCCCUUAUAAUGAUUUUCAACGAAGAAAUUUGGUGAAUAAGCUAAAGCCUCUGAAACCAUGUCUCAACAUAAAGCAUGAAACCAAAUCACAGAACGACUGGAAGCGCUCACACAACCAAGCCAAGAAGCGGGUUGUGUUUGCGGAUUCCAAGGGCCUCUCUCUCACUGCCAUCCAUGUCUUCUCUGAUCUCCCAGAAGAACCGGCGUGGGACCUCCAGUUUGACCUUUUGGAUCUUAAUGAUAUCUCCUCUGGCUUAAAACUCCAUGAGGAGAAAAAUUUGAUUUUAGAUUUCCCACAGCCUUCCACUGACUACUUAAGUUUCCGGAACCACUUUCAAAAGAACUUUGUCUGCCUGGAGAGCUGCUCUUUGCAAGAGCGGACAGUGACUGGGACUGUGAAGGUAAAAAACUUGAGCUUUGAGAAGAAGGUUCAAAUCCGAAUAACAUUCAACACUUGGAAGAGCUACACUGAUGUGGACUGUGUCUACAUGAAAAAUGUGUAUGGUAGCUCAGAUAGUGACACCUUCUCAUUUGCCGUUGACUUACCUGCUGUCAUUCCAACUGAGGAGAAAAUUGAGUUCUGCAUUUCCUACCACGCCAAUGGACAGGUGUUCUGGGACAACAACGAGGGUCAGAAUUACAGAAUUGUGCAUGUACAAUGGAAACCUGAUGGGGUGCAGGCACAGAUAGCGCCUCAAGACUGUGCAUUUCACCAGGCAUCCCCGAAGACCGAGCUAGAGCCAACAAUCUUUGGCAGUCCGAGGCUGGCUAGUGGAAUAUUUCCAGAAUGGCAGAGCUGGGGAAGAAUGGAGAACUUGGCUUCUUAUCGAUGAAUUUAGCAACUGGCCUUGACCUUUCAUAUUCCCCCUGCAAUUCUGGGUCUGUAAUGCUCAAUUAGAUGUGAGCUUUGGAGAUCUGGCUAUAGAAAAGAUAGCCACUGGGAAGUUAGUGUUGGGGUGUAUAUUUGCUUCAGAAGAUCAAGUAGCAGCCCAGGAACUUUUUUUUAUUAGAGUAAUGCUUUUUCAUUGCCCUUGCUUCUUCCCUCUUGAUUCACUAACUUUCGGAUUGGACAAGGAAAAGUUGGGGAAGGUGAUGGUGACAGGAAGCUGAGUUAAUGGUAUGAGGAAUGUGUGAGAUAUGUGCAUAGUGUGUCUGAGUCACAUCAGAGUAGGAGUGGGAGCUCUGAUCCUUAAUUGUUGGUGAGAAAGUGUAAGGUUCUUUUGUGUUUUAAAGUUGGUUUUAGAGUCCUCUCUGGGGGAAAUAAUUUGUUGAAGGGAAGAAGACCCAUCCUAUAUAGUCUUGCAAGAAAACCCAAAUAAAUUUUAAAGGUUUUAGGGGCAGAUAAAAAUAUAAUUAAAGCAUCAAGAUCUCAAAUGAAACCUUCCUGUUUAAUCUGGACCUUUCAAAAUCCAAUCCAUGAUUUGAAGAAAGUUGAAGCGAAUCUGGCCUUGUUGUUUCAAUAUUAUGAGUAGCUUUGUGGUCAAGGUAAAAUGUUUGGAUUCUGCCUGUCUAAAAGUAUGCCACCAUCAGUGGCUAACAGUGUGUACGAACUCUAUGUCAAAGUCAAAGAUUACUCUUUACAAGUGCCUCAAUUAAAACCAGAACACUGUAGAUGCCUAACCCAAAUAUCUGAAUGGUCAUCUGGUAACUCCUGAGUUUCUGGUCUCCAAAAGAAGCUCCCCACUGUACACUGGAAUUCCUCUUGCAAUGCUGUCAUAUUUUUGGGAGUUUUGUCAGUGUGCAUUAAUUCACAUCCUUCAUAUUGAAGGUGACUCAGUCUUUUCUGCCACACUUUUUUAGAUGUAAAAUGCAAAGUGAGGACUGACACUAAAUGCAAGAAUAGAGUAUGUCCCACAUCUGUCUCUUGAUUACUUUUGUCUUGCUAUUUUAAUUUCCUAGUCAAGUGCCUCUUUUUUUUUUUUUCUAAAUGGAUAUGAACUGUUUUGGAUGUAUUGUAAUAAACCUGUUUUCAUGUGUGUAUAACUCUUCUGUAAGACUUUAAGUACAGAAGGCUUAGAGUGCUUGCUUUCAUAAUUUUACAUAACCAUUAAGAAGUGUGAAGGAGAUGCAGUUAAUUUUAACAUGUGUGUUCUGCCAUGCUAGAAAAGUACUAUUGAGUAAACUCCUCUAUGACAGUAUAUGAAGUUUUGGCUGGGUUCCAUCAUGUUUCUACUGUAUAAAUAUUUCACUCUCCUCUAGAUACCCAUAUUGAGCUUAUCAUUGGAGAAUAAAUGUGUUUGGUAUUA